AUGGCCGCACGGAACGCAGCUCUCAAGGUCGACUGGGCCAAGAUCACCACCUCCCUCGGCCUCCGUGGCCAGACCGCGGCCAGCCUCCAGGCUUUCAAGAAGCGCAACGACGACGCCCGCCGCAAGCUCCAGCAGCUUUCCGAGCUCCCCACCACCAUCGACUUCGCCGCCUACCGCAGCAUCCUCAAGAACCAGGCCGUCGUCAACGAGAUCGAGAAGCGCUUCACCUCUUUCAAGCCCGCCACCUAUGACGUGAACCGCCAGCUCAAGGCCAUCGAGGCCUUCGAGGUUGAGGCCAUCAAGAACGCCGAGGCCACCAAGACCAAGGUCGACCUUGAGCUCCAGGAUCUCGAGAAGACUCUCAAGAACAUCGAGACUGCCCGUCCCUUCGACGAGCUUACUGUGGACGAGGUUGCCGCUGCCGAGCCUUCCAUCGAUGAGAAGACCUCCAAGCUCGUCUCCAAGGGCCGCUGGUCCGUUCCUGGCUACAAGGAGCGUUUCGGCGAUCUCUCCGUGCUAUAA